UAGUCUAGCAUGUUUGUUUACUUCAAACUGUCACCGUAGAAUGUGCGAUUUAUUUUGCUACUUAAUAAUUGAUCAAUAAAAUUGUUCAAAAAAUAUUAUAUUAAUUCGAAAUUAAAAUAUUCUGAGAAGUAAAAUUUUGCAAAUAAAAAUCGUCAAAGAUCAUAUUCUGAAUUUUUUUUUAAAUGCCAAGGAUUACCAAUAUUUUUUUAAUCAACAUAAUAAUACAUUGCGGCAGGACAAGAAGUAAAUAAUAAAAAAAUUAUGUCUACCGUGAUAAAUAUUACCGAUUUCGCAAAAGAUAUCCUCGGUAAUUCUUCACAAAUUCAAAAUUAUGAAGAUGCUCACUUGAUAGCAAUAACAAUUAACCUGAAAGAUUUAAGGGAAAAGAGGAUAGAUGGUGGCGACAUAUAUUUGAAAGAAAAUCCUCAGAUUCAUUGCCAGUUUACUUUUCAAAUAUUUGGUGGUUUGCUGCAUAGAUAUAUAAAAUUUACAUCCCGAGCAUCAUUAAACAGACAAUAUCUUGUAACCAUGUAUCAUUUAAACUAUAGAAAAGAAAUUGAACUUACCGAAACAAUAAAAGUACUAAAUAGUAGACUUUAUACAACAAACUAUUUUACUUACAAUUAUGAUGUAUUACACAAUGAAGAAAAACACCUAAUCAACAAUAAUUUAUGCAUGUUUUGUAAAAUAAAAGAGAUAAAAGCAUCACCAAUUGAAAUUGAAAUUAUCAAAAAUGAAAUGCCUGCAAAAUUUCUCUCUCUAUAUGAAGAAAAAAAAUUAACUGAUUUCAAAAUAAUUUGCGAUGAUAAGGAAUUUUGCGUGCACAAAAUAAUUCUCGUGUGCCAAUCUGAUGUGUUUCGGGCAAUGCUCGAAAAUCCGAUGAAAGAAUUCAAAAAUGAUGAACUAAUAAUUAGUGAUUUUUAUCCAAAAAUUGUUGAAGUAAUGAUUCGAUAUCUUUAUUCUGAUACACUGACAGAAACACUGUCCGAAGAGGAAUUAAAAGAAUUAUUGUUGAUUGCAAACAAGUACAAUUUGGAGAAUUUGAAAAAAAUUUCCUUCAAGGAGAUUUGUAAAGUGAUAAACACCUUCAAACAAGCUGUAGAUUUACUCUCAUUUACUGAAUGCUACAAUUUUACCGACAUGAGAGAUUUAAUAAUUAAAUUCAUGAGAGAUAAUAAAAAUAUUUUACUGUAAAAACUUCUGCUUUCAAUCUUAUUCGAUUUUAUUUUUCUAACAAAAAUUUUUAAAAAAAUGUUUUAUAUUACUCUUGAAGAGUUUUGUGUUUUAAAUUCUAAUUUAUUGUUCAGAAGAAUAUUCUUCUUUUGGUUGAACCGAAAAAUUGUUUUGUAAAAAUUGUUAUUUACGAUUUAAUAAAAGUACGAUGUUUAUUUGUAGAA